CUACCCUCAAUCCGGUUCUCUCAGCCUUUGCCCGACAUAGUUGAUCAGCUUUUAUCCCUUUGCCUGUUGUACACUAUCAACGACAGGCUGGUGUGGGUUUUAUCUGGUGCUGGCGGAAAUGGAAAUGACAAAGAUUGUGUCAGUGACAGGGACCUGCCUCACGCCAGCAGUACCUGAGCCCUACCCUUUCCACAGACACAGCACCAAUCAGAAACAGCAGAGUAAUUGGUUGGAGCAGCAGGUGAGAACUUCCUUCAGCUCUGCACAAUUUGUUCUAUUUGCUUAACACCAGAGAGAGAGUGGACUGCAUGAGCAAUAGCCACCAGUGCAACCCUGAGCUUUGCCAACACUGAUAGAGAUCCUCCACUGCCUUGGCCUCUCCACCUGCCAUCCAAGGAGCGUUCAGGAUCCACUCGGUGACCUGUGCCCCACAGUGAAGAAUGGUGAUCAGAAGAAAUCACAUCCAAAUGUUAACAGGUUUUCUGCUGUUUUAUUCAUUUGCUCUCUCCACAAAUGCUAUGAGUUACUACAAUGAUUCCCUGUUCAACGACUCCAGCACAGACAGUACAACACUAUUCAAUAUGACUGAUUAUAAUACAACAUGGAGUUCAGAAACAAAUACAAUGGUGACACUGACUGCCUUGCCACCUAAUUUUUCCUGCCAGACAUUUAACUGUACGGGAUCCAUGUGUUACGAAGAUUAUAACAAAACCGGUCAGGAAUGCCCUGCUUCCUCCAUGUUCUGUCAGCUUUAUCGCAUCAGUAACUCCUCAUACUGGGGGGGCUGCCAUCCCAGCUGUGUGGGCACCGAGGGUCUGUGCGGGAACUCGUCACUAGACAUGUGUAUGAUGGAGUGCUGCAACACCACGCUCUGCCUGAUGCUGAACGGAGAUACGCAGUACAUCGAGGGCUUAGCCGAAUAA